CUCAUUAUCUGGGUGCCAAAGCAUGUUGUGGUGUGGCAUCAUCGGCCUAUGCUCCUAUAAAGCGGAUCGACUAUUUCAAACAUCGCAACCCUAAAAUAAAGUCCCUUCUAUAAUGGCUGCAUUAGAGGGAGGUUCGUUGGAGUCCAGAGUUUCCACACCGGUGGAUCCUCCGCCCCAGAUGAAUCCGAAGACAGCAACAGACGGAGGAUCUGACAGUGUCUCCAACAAAGAAUCAGAUGUACUCUGCGUAGCAGGAAGAAAAUUCCGCAAAACCUGCUUCAAAGAUAAGGAAUUUCAACGACAGUACCUGCUCUUCGAAGACCAAUUCGUCCGGAGCGAGGGUUUUGAAAUAGACUGGGAUAAAUUUGACUACUUGUUCAGUUGUCUUGAUGUGGCUUGGUCGGCACCUCUCGCUGAAGACAUGACCAAUGAGGAGUUGGUCCACAGCCUGACACUCCAUGCCAUUAAAAUGCACAAUGAAGAGAAUGGAGCCAAUGUGGAGUUUGUUAAGCAUGUGAAAGCUAAUUUCUGGUGUUGUGCUGGUCAUUGCUUUUGGAUUACAUUUUUUGCAAGGGAUUUGUCAUCAAAUUCAGACCCAAAACUUUACCAAACUAAGGUGUGGAGAUUUAUGGGUAAGAUUGAGGUUUGUAUAUUCAGGGAAAGGCCCACAGACGAAGAAAUUGCUUCUGUGCACGUGGAGAUUAACGAAUAUGAGUGCUUCAAGUGAGCUAGGUAUUGUUUCUUGUUUCAAGAAUACUGAGAUGUUGGAUGUGUUGGGGUGGGGGCAUCAGACAAUCUUCUGCAUUAUUGAAUAUCUGCCGCUUAAGGAAAGACAUGAUAGGCUAACUUAAUGUUUUUGUAAUCUUUGAUGCAUAAUAAAUAUAGGUAAAUCCAAGCAUUGUCACGUUGACUGGGCUGAAGAGGCCAGAACCUGUAGAAGUUGAUUGCUAAUGGAGUAAUGGUGUUAAAGGCUGUAAUAUUAAUAAUUAUUAUUGUUAUAAUUAUUAUAAUCAUAAUUAUGUUACAUUAGUUAUCUAACGCUCCGCCACUGGAAGAAAUCAGUUACAUCUUGUGCUCUGACAGAAUAUAGGGCAUUUUUAAUUCCACGAGAAAUAAGAUACUCCUGUGUCCUUUAUACACUCUAACCGGAGGAUCGCAUAUCGAAGAUACGACUUGACUUUGGCA